GUGUCCUCCAGCCUCUGCGGGGACGGGUGACCCCUUGAGCGACGGCGCUGGAGGAGAACGCGAGGGGUGUGGUCAAGUGCUGCUCGGUGCGCAUCAGGUAUCCUUCCCACGCUAUAAAAUCCCGCGAAACGAGAGCAGAGCAGCGAGACUGGGGGCACCACCGGGGUGACUGCAUCAGGAGACUUUUUGUGUCACAAAAACGAAAUUCGGUUUUUUCCAGGGAAAUCGUACCCUGGUAUUUCUCCUUCUCCUCAGAUGGCCAACACGUUGAGAUCGUGGCUGACGCUUGCGGCGCUCGUCCUCUGCCUGCUGGUGUGUUUGAGCAGCUUUGCGGACGCCUACCCUCCCAAACCGGAGAGCCCGGGGAGCAACGCUUCACCGGAGGAGUGGGCCAGAUACCACGCAGCUGUCAGGCAUUAUGUUAACCUCAUCACCAGACAGAGGUAUGGGAAGAGGUCUACCCCCGAGCAGGCGGUGGCAUUCCUGCUGUUGGGGGCUGAUUCAAGCCAAGACACUGAACCACGCUCGGACUACGACUAUCAGUGGUAAAAGACUCCAAUGUUAACCGUUCCCCGAUCCUUCGACUAACCCGCAGUCAAAAACACUGAGAAUCUCCAGAGACAACCUGCACUGGACUUUGUGACUCUGCAUAUUUAAUUAUUUCAUGUGCAUGCAACUCUCUCUCCCUCUCUGUUUGUCAGCUCCUCUCCACGCCUGUUUGUUUGUUGGACCAAAAAUGUAAAUAAUUUGUAUCAAAAUCGAUUACUUUACAAUAAAGAAUUGAAUGGGAUAAAUUUAUGAAACAAAGA